AGAUGUCGCUGGCAUCGCUGCGAUGGGCGAUUCACUUCGUUCGGAAGGGGGACACCUAUCCAACCCAAGUCUUCGACCAAACGAUCUCUGCUGCGAAACGCUCCUUUCAGGUGAGGCUUCUACCCCAACGAAUGGGAAAAUAUUCGCCUGUUCUGACUAACUUCUAGAUCUGGCAGUAACAGUCUGCCUAACGUUCACUUCGCUUGUUCUCCAAUGAAACUGCUGCAGUGUUUUUGACGGUGGGCGAGUAGCGACACAGCAUGGCUCACGAUUUGUUGUACCAGGACGAUGCACUCCAGGCCACUUUCUUCGGAAAUUUGACAGCAGUUCCCGAACCACCGUCGAGAUUAGUCAAUAUUUUCGUCAGCUCUACAAAAUCAGAUCUGGAACAUGAACGUCGCCAACUUCAUGAAGUUCUGGUGCCUCAACUUCAAAGGGACUGGUCAUCAUUAGGAGUGGACAUCCAACUUGUGGACGUUCAAAAUGGAGCCGACGACGAUGCUAUCAUUGAACCGCAAGCAAUUGCUCAGCAAUUGGAGGAAAUAGAAGAUUGUCAUAAAACAUCUCUUGGAUGUUUCUUUUUGUGUCUAAUCGGGAACAAAUAUCGGCCUUUCGCCCUGCCGGCUUCCAUAGACGCUUCGGAAUACAACCACAUCCACAAUGCAGCGAACGAAGCCGGACUGGACGCUUCCUUGCUGGACAAUCAUUUUCUUCUGGACACCAAUCUAUUGCCUCCACGCUAUGUUCUACAGACGCACAACAAAACGGGAAGCAGCGCAGCGAACAACAAAGAGCAGCUGAACAAAAUUCAUCAGGAGUCCGAAGAAAGCAACUGGCCCGAGGAAGAAGAUAAAUUAGUUCGAAUCAUCCAAUACGGUGCGAGAAUAGCAAUUCAAGAAGGGCUCAUCGAGGCGGAAGAUGUAUCGCAGUCUUAUUUAUUUUCCGGUGUCCACACUCAUUUGAGACAUGCCUUAAAGCUUUCCAAAAAUGACAAUAAUAGAAUAAUAUGUAUAGUGAGACAAUUUGAAGGUAUAGACACGUCGGACAGUGCUGCUCAUCUGUAUAUCGACAGCGUGACGGACGCCAACCUUAUGCUAGACAAUCUUUCUGUCGAAGACGAGAGUUCGUUGGGGUUGCGAAGCCUCCUCGAAGACGUCAUUCUCAACGUCGAUCGAAAAAAUGUUGCAUAUUUCAGUGUCCCCUGGUCUAAAUCUGGGCUGGAUCCAGAUUUUCCGGAACAUUCGAAAUACCUGAAAUCAUUUUCAGAAGUUGUUUCAUCCAUGCUUAGAAACAUCAUAGAAACUGCCACCAAAAACUGGAGUCCUAAGUGGGAACUCUUUCCAAGCACUUAUAAGAAGGCAGUACAGGAAGUGUACAGAGAAUCUCAAAGCCAUCUUCUUAACAGUCGUCGCUAUCUUCGAGAACUAGGUGUUUCACAGUCUUUAGACAGUGAUUGUGCUGCUCUGCUACAGAUUCAACGUCUUAUGCUGGGAGAGGACGAAAAGCUGAGACAUUCGCCUAUUAUUGUGUGUGGAAAAGAUGGAUGUGGGAAAUCAACACUACUCUCUCAGGUUAUCACUUACUGCACAGAAUGGCUUGGGGGUGAUGUUAUAAGAAUUGUUCGACACGUGGGACAAAGUCCGUGCUCAACAUACACGUCUGAACUAUUGAGGAAUCUGUGUUUGCAUAUAUCUCUGGUUUUCGAUUUUGACCCGAAACACCAUAGCUUUGAACUAGGAGAAUUAAGCAUCUGGUUUCUAGAUUUGUUAAAAAUGGUCGAAUCUACAUCAACCGAUCUAGUCAUAGUUCUAGACGACUUACAUGAGCUGCGGUCACCUGCUGGCAGCCAGUCUGCCAUUCUUGGAUGGCUUCCAUGGAAUCUACCACCCAAUGUCCAUGUAGUCUGUUCCAUCAGUGAAGAUGCUGAAGAGGUCAUUCGAUUGUUAAGAUCUCGAUCGUCUUGCACCGACAACUUCGUUCACAUUCCGCCCCUCGGAUCUUCUGCUGCCUUGAGCAUGCUGCAAUCUAACCUGAGAGACAGGAAACGGACACUCAAUCCUUCUCAACUGGAAGCCAUCAAAGAAAGAUUGGCCACUGCGAAUUCGAAUUCACUCUACAUCAAAUUAUUGUCCAAAAUAGCGGAGACGUGGCAUUCUUGGGUGAAUGUUGUGGCGAGUUCAAUACCAGGAACUCUUGAAGAAGUUGUUGACUAUUUACUUUCCGGUCUUAAGGAAAGGUAUGGAUUUCGGCCAGUGAGAAAAGUGGUGACGUUCUUGGCCUGCACAACCUUUGGGCUCAGGGAAAAUGAACUAAUCGAGCUCUUGGCAUCUUCAGUGGAAGCUACGGACGAUAAUCAAAAGCUCGCCAAACCUAAGACGUGGUUCAUGACAGUGAAGGAAAUGAGUCCCCUCUUGAAACAAUAUUACGUAGAUCGAAGACCUUAUCUUCACUGGAGCCAUAAUACCAUUUCUAAAUACAUCAUGAACACUUACAUUAAAACACCCCGAGACUUGCAAGCGUGCUACGCGGAGCUAGCUGAUGCUUUCCAUUUGGGUUUCCUAAUGGAAAAAGAAAAGGAAGAAAACUCAGGAAAAGAUCCAUCACUCCGAAAAGACGAUUGGUGUGAUAUUCUAAGAGAAAUGGAUGAAUUGUGGUUUCAUCUACUUCGGAGUGGUGACCGAAAGAAAUUAAAAGAACAAGUUAUUUGCAAUUUCGAUUUCCUCCAAUGCGCCGUGAGUGGGGCCUCUGUAAGUUACAUAAGAAGCCUGUUGGAACUAGUUAAAUGUCAUAUGUUGGAUUGGGAGGUAGAACUGUUAUCCGCAGUAACGAAGCAGGCAGUAGAUGUUCUAAGCCAAGAUCCCGCCCAACUCGCAACGGAGCUUCUAAACUGGCUUAAGCCUUUUACUGAUGUUUCUGAUUCUACUCCAGUGAAGAGUCUUGUCGCCAGUGCUUUGAAAUUUUGCAAUAAAUCUACUCAGCCGCGGCUCGUCCCAAUCAAUUCGUGGUUAACACUCAGCCUUCCACCUCAGGUGACUGCCAUGACGGUACCGCACACAAUCACGCACAGUGUUACGACACCUGACAGUCAGCACGUGAUGUGCGCUUCAGAUCAAAAGGAAAUAAAUAUGUUUCAUUUGCCAUCCAAAAAUCUUGUGCGAACUUUUAAAGGACAUAAAGCCCCCAUCACUUGCCUCCAUGUCACUUCAUCUGGUCGUUGGUUGAUUAGCGGCUCUGAAGAUACCGAUGUUCUCGUGUGGAACAUAGAUUCUGGCCAAAUAAAACAUCGUAUGAGUAAUCAUAUAACCAGUAUCUUGUGUGUCACCUCCACCCAUUCAGAAUCGCACGUACUUAGUGGAUCAGAAAUUGGUGUCGUCAUAGUAGCCAGUUUGGAUACUGGUCAAGUAAUACAACGUUUAGAUAAACAUAGGGGUCUUAUUAGCUGCAUUGCGGUCCAUUGGGAUGAUGACGUAUUCGUUACGGGUUCGAGCGACAAAACUGUAUGCGUCUGGAGCCUCGAAGACUUCACGCUCUACAACACCAUAACCCUACCAUCAGCUGUCUGCAAGAUGGACAUUAGCCGCGACAACAGUUUCCUGGUCAUUGGAUGCGAUGACCAAUCCCUGCACGUCCGAUCGCUGACCACUGGCUCCGAAGCGCAUGUCAUCCAGAGCAUUUCAUCCGAACUGACAGCUGUUUGCUUCGGUCACGAUAACUGCAGAUGCGUGGUGGGGUGUGCUGACGGGAAGUGUUAUGUGUUCGAUAUUCAUUUCGCUUCAUCUCUCAUUGCAACUAUCAGUGGACACACAGAAGCAAUCUGUAGUGUGCAGGUUCAACCCAAUGACACCUUUCUCGUAACAGCAGGUGGCAAUAAAGUUGUUGUCUGGAAUUUCACGCUCCCGAAGAAAGAAAAUAUCCAUAAGAAGCAGAAGGUGAAAAGGCUGGACAGCCAUCGUGAGCCCAUCAUGUGUACGACGAUAUCGAAAGAUGGUACCCUUGCAGUUUCCGGCUCUAAAGACAAUCUCUUGAAAGUGUGGAACUUGACGACAGGAGAGGUCAAUCAAACUCUCGAUGGACAUUCAGGUCCAAUAACAUGCGUGGCGUUUGCCCCGCAUGGUUUAUUUGUUGUCUCUGGAUCGGAGGAUACGACGUUGAGAGUAUAUGGUCUUACUCAAGGAGUUGUGGAGGCAGUUUUCAAAGAACAUCAGUCCAAAAUCGUUAGCGUAUGUGUGGCAUCUGACAGCCGCCGUGUGCUGUCAGUUGAUAAUCAAGGUUACCACAGACUAUGGACAGCUGACAAUGGAAAUCAAAUAUAUGUCUGCUCGAAAUCAACCGUCCUGGUGACUCUUCACAGCGAUGUGGUAUUUACAGUUUCAGGGAAGAAUGAUAACAUACUUAAAUUUUGGCCUCUAAAGGAUGUGGAUUUUGAGAUUAGCGUAAGCCACAGCGAUUCCAUCCUGUGCUACCUAGUAAGUCAUGACUGUGAGACGGUCAUCACAGGAUCGAAUGAUAUGUCCUUGAAGGUCUGGGAGGUUGCAACAGGAAAACUCACUCAGGUGCUUGCCGGCCAUGAAGGUUCAGUUACAUGCGUUGCUGGUGCGCCCUUGAGUCCUUCCCUAGUUGUUUCGGGGUCCUCCGAUUGCACUUUAAUACUCUGGGACAUGCUGACAGGUACAGAUAAUCUGACCUUCAGAGGUCACACGGAUACCGUCAAGUGUGCCUCACUUACACCAGAUGGGUCUACUCUUUUGUCAGGCUCUUCCGAUAACACGAUACAAUUGUGGAACAUCCACACUGGAGAACGUAUUAGCAUGCUGGAUUUGCACGCUCAGCUGAUAUCUUUAACCUGCAGCUUUAAUCUGAAUCAUAUUGUUGUCCAACUCGCCAAGAGUUCUUCUGUGCCGAUCCUCCGACUUCAGAACAAUCCGGCAAAAGGCAUAACUUUAGACAUGUUACCAGGCCAUCAGGAAGACUCAAAAAAUUCAGGACCAUCAGGUGUGCUUCCCAAGAGAGUAAUGCUAAAAGGAAAUCUAAAGCGAGAACAAUCAUUCGAUUCACUCUAUUGGGAACUGAAAGCGAGUUCACCGCGACAUGAUUUCCUAUCUAACUUGGAUGACCUGAAACGUCAGCCACUGUCACUCUCUACAGCUGGAAGCGUGUGGGAUGGAACAAAAGCACGACUAACAGGUGGCAUUCUCCGACCCUCUGAUCCGUUGAGUAUGCAACCCAAAGCCAAGCUUGCCAAACAUAAACUGCUCAAGAAACAACAAAGUAUGUUCGCGUUUUUUCCUGACCACAACCAGCCGACCCAAAACAUGGCCAGAGACCUAGAAACAAGGAAAGCAGAUCUUCUGGCAAAAAUACAGUCUGCAAAUCGCCAACUGUUAGAUUCGCCAGCAGAAAAUCCCGGCGAGGCUGAUGGAGAUCAGGAACAAAAAGGUGCAGAUGUGACUGAUUCGACAGUGUGCGCCAUUGCAUAAAUGUGAUGGAAGUCAAUGGUUCCUCUUCCUCUUGCAUUUCAAAGAAACUCUUUUUCUGAUGAAAAAAAGAAUUUCACGAACAAGUGUGUUCGUGAGUUCACCAGUUGCUGCUUCAAUUAAGCAUAUAGGAACACGAAUUAUUAAACUCGAUGAGUGUGUCAAAUCAAAGCUAGUCAUGUUUAUGUGUUCGUAGGUAUGUGCUGAACCACGUAUUUAAGGUAUGUAUGGAUGAAUUGUACUAAUGAUAGUAGUAACAUUUGAAGGAAGAUAAUAUAGUUAGGCAUGUAUAUUAUAGAGUCUAAAUGUUCCAUUAUGUUUGAAUCCAUUAUGUUUGAACGGAAUUCCAUUAUGUUUGAACGGAAAAAAAAUCAUUAAUUUCGAAUAAUGUAAAGACAAGGGUUCAAAAGCGGCAAUCUGACGCAACAAAAAUGCCAUGGGAUCUUUUCUAUCCUCAGAGGGGAUCAUAUGAUUAAGUAACGAGUAAAACGAGUCAGCAGAAAAGUAAGAGUAUGAAACUACAGUAAUAUUUCAUUUAUUCUCUGAGGAGGGAAAUUAGAAAACAAGAAAAAUUAGUCAGCUAAAAGAGAGUGGGUACAUCGUGGAACAACCUCAAUAAAUUAAUUUUAAUAAUUUUACUAUAAUGAUAUUAACAAAGUUAUGAAGAAAAUAAUACUGAAAGAAAAAGUUUUAGAUCAUUGCCGUCCUGUCUCAUGGUAAAUCGUAUUUUUAUGUCUGUAUCAAUCAAUGUGCAAAUAAUAUGAAAAAAUUCACUGACAUAUAGACAUGCCAGGCUGUGGCAGACGUUCCGUUUGAAUCAGAAUUGAACUAGUAGUAAGCAUUGAUUUUAUAAAUUCUUCAAAUCUCCAUGGUAUAGGACACAGUUGCUCCUUUUCUUUUUCCUUUGAUUCAUGACAUUUCUUUUUCACUCAUUCAAUUUAAUGUUUGUAGAUUGAAGUUAAUUUCUCUGCCCUUGGGAUCGUAAUAGGAUCUCAACUUCAAUCUUCAUGCAGAAACUCCUAUUCUGAAUUCUUGUCCCCAGUAUAUAAAAAAAAUUAUUUGCAUUUUGACUUAUUAUUAAUAAUAAUAUUAUUUAAUUAUUUGCAUUAAACAUUCGAUGACCUACUGUUAAUUUUCAAAAAUUACAAAGCCGGAUUUCUACGCAAGUUUGAAAACCCAGAACUUUUGAGAUUUUUUGGUGUAUUUUUCAAAAAAAAAAAAAUUGAUUGUACUUAAUUAUAAAGACUGUACACAUGGGUUUAUUACAAUAAAAAUCAGGUAUAGUUUUAAUGAAUUAAGUAAUCCUUAACUAAUAUAUUUUAAUAUUGAGUUUUAUAAUAUGCUAUAUAUUUUAGGAUUAUAAAAUAAUGCUUUAUAAUUUAGAAAAUAUCUGAACUUAUAAUCAAUUACCAUUUAGAUUGUGUUAAAAAUGCAAAAAAUUGUCAAUCUUUUGCUAUUUUCUGAUGAAAUUACUUCUAAAUUUUAACUGUGCAUACAUACAUACUUAUAUAUUAAAAUCACAGAUCUUGAAAUUGAUUCACAAUAAUUGUUUUGCCAUUUUAAUUAUCAAAAUUUGCAACUUAAAAUCGCUUAUGCAGAAAAUAAAUGAAAAAGCUAAAACAAAAUCUAGUUUUGGUAGUUAGAGGGGGCAUUACCUAAAACCUCUAAAAAACUCAAUUCGGCACUGAAAAUCAAGUGGAUUUUUCAUCAUUUGAUUAUAAAACCUUUGCUUUUACAUUAUGAGAUAAACAGCUUAUAAAAAAAGUUUAUAAAAAUUAUAUUUUAAAUUCCAAACUAUAAUUAAUCUAGAACAUUUCUAUAUUCAUUAGGGUUUCUGUGAACGCAUUAAAUAAGAGCUUAAAAACUUUCGCCUUUAUUUGAAUGCAUAUUCGCGUUUAUUAUGAGAUUAAAUUAACGUAUUCCUUUUAUUGAAAUUUACCAGUCGCCUUUGUCGAACAAUUUGUUCGCCCAGAUUAUUGACUUUUGUAGGCUAUAAAGUGAUUAAUAUGGAAUGCAUCAAAUUUCACUUUGUUAUUUGAUGCGACUGAAAAGCAAGAUUUUAAUUAAAUAACAUCUUACUACAGUUGGUGAAAAUUAAAUAAUGCAUAUGCAACAAAAUAAAAAUGAAAAUCCUUCUUCAGAGUCAAUGUCCAAAGACAGAUUUUUUUUUUUUUUUUUUUUUUUUAAUCACGUGAGAACUUGAUGUUGUUUUGGUUUGAGGUUUUUGAAGCCUCAAAAUGCGUAGGCAACAAAUUGGCGAUUUAUCGCUUUUGAGGCAUCAAUUUUUCGCUUUUAGUUUAUUAGAAAAUAAUGCAGAAGGUUGUCACAUUUCGCGAUUUAUCGCCAACUAAAGUUACAACUUGGUUUCCAAAUUAUUUAAUAUUAACAUUGGCAAAAGCACUCGAUUGAAUGUUCUGAUGGAUGCGUUUGAAUUUAAAACAUUAAAAAGAGACUGCAUACCAAAUUAUAUAGAAAUAAAACUGAUAUCAUUAAAAAGUUUAUUUUUUUUAUUAUUAUUAUUUUUUUAUUUUAAGAUAAUACAUAAACCAUUUUUGCGAGAUAAUAGCUUUGGAAAUUAUGAAUAUUAUAAACAAGUAUUAGCGAUUUUUCAUCUAACGGCAUAUAAGCCUAUUUCAACGUUUGAUCAAACUGUGAGACGCAUAUUUCUAUAAUUUUGAUUACUUUUGCAUCUUUUUCCAUCUGAUGGAAAGAAAUUUUUAAGGAUAUAUGGCGAGGUGGUAAAACAGUCGAUUCCUCUUCGGAGAACUUCUAAGAAUAUUUUGUAACUCCAUUAAAUAUCUAAAUGAAACUUGAAUUAAAUGCAGCAUUUGUUUACAUUUAAUAGUUGCCAUUUGACAAUAAGUAAUAAGAACGAUUUCU